UUUUGGUCUCUCUUCUGUUCUGUUCCCCCUUCUUCUCUGACACCGAAUCCUCCAGACCUCAGCAGCUCAGACUCUUCCUCUUCCUCUUCCUCUUCCAGUUUUGGCUCAGAAGCUCACUCCAACUUCUGAAUCUCGCCUUUGUCGCCAAUCUCUCUUCUGUUCUAUCCUUCACUUCCCGUACUAUCUGGGAAGAUCCUUGUCCUAUAUUCUUUUUCGUUUUAACCUGAAUAAAUAUGGAAAGAAAUGGCUCUUCACUCCAUUAGUGUAUGUUCUUGUUUUGGCUAGACUCAUCUGUCGAGAUCCUCCAGCAUGCAGUCCUCGUUCCUGAUCUUUUACCUGCAUUUUCGAGCACCCAUUUGAGAGGAUCUGAGAACGAACCACCCCUCAAACCAAAGAAGCGCAAGAUCUUGAGCCAAAGCUGCAGUUCUUCCUUCUUGGGUGCUCAAGAAUCAAGACCCACUGGAGACAAAAGCUCCAUUAGCUCGUGCAAUCGACACGGUAGCAGAUAGAUCGAUUAUGAAUGACCCUCAAGCACAAGCGAAGAAGGAGGGUUUAGGAGGAGUCGCCUUUUCUUCACCUUCUUCUCCGUCUACCGCAAAUGCAGUUCCUCAGCCGUUGGAGGGCCUCCACGAGUUGGGGCCGCCGCCAUUCCUCACCAAGACAUACGAGAUUGUGGAUGACCCGACCACCGACCAGAUAGUCUCCUGGAGCAAAGGCAACAACAGCUUUGUGGUGUGGGAUGCUCAGGCCUUCGCCAUGUCCCUCUUGCCCAGGUACUUCAAGCACAGCAACUUCUCUAGCUUCAUCAGGCAGCUCAACACCUAUGGCUUUAGAAAGGUCGAUCCAGAUAGGUGGGAGUUUGCUAAUGAAGGGUUCCUAAGGGGGCGAAAAUAUCUCCUUAAAAACAUUAGGAGGAGAAGAAAUCCUCAAGUAGUGCCCCAUAGUUCGCAGCAAGGGCUCGACCCGUGUGUCGAAGUGGGCAGAUUCGGGCUUGAUGGAGAGAUCGACCGGCUGAAGCGCGACAAGCAGGUCUUGAUGAUGGAGCUGAUCAAGCUUAGGCAGCAACAGCAGACCUCCAGGACUUAUCUCCAAGCGAUGGAAAAAAGGCUUAAGAAGAUGGAGAUGAAGCAACACCAGAUGAUAAAAUUCUUGGCGAGAGCGAUGAAGACUCCCAAUUUUCUACAGCAGUUGGUCCAACAGAAGGACAGGAGGAUGGAGUUCGAGGAAGUGUUCGGGAAGAACAAGAGGAGGCGCUCCAUCGAUCAAGGACCUAGUAAAGUGAGCCUUCGUGAUGAUGAUGAUCAACUAGUCCUUAAUAAUGAACCAGGUACAGGCACUUUUGUUAAGGUCGAACCUCAAAACUAUGGAGACAUCGGUGAAUUCGAAGAGUCUGAGCUUGAGAAAAUUGCUUUGGACAUGGAUGGAGGAGUCGGUGUCGGUCGAUGUGAUAAUGUAGAGCAAGGAAAUCAAAUAAGAGUAGCAGAAGAGAAUGAGAAUAGAGGUAAUAAAGCACUUGAUGAAGUCUUUUGGGAAGAUUUGUUGAAUGAGGGCAUUGAACAAACCGGCUUACUCCAUGUUGGAGGUGACGAGGACGGGGAAGACGUGAAUGUCUUGGUUGAGCAACUGGGAUACUUGAGCUCCACACCGUAACUUGAGCAAAGCUUAAUCGAGGAAACCAAGCUGUAUGCUAGCUCUUACAUUGUUGGUUUAGUUCAUUCGUGGAUGGUUUACAUUGUCUCUCGGGCUAUGUGGAUCAAGUUUCUGUCGAAGAAUCGCGCACGCUUAGUCCUCGGCUUUCCAUUGGAUACAACUACGAGGACCUCUCCAUGGACGUGCCAGUUCUUCAUGUCAUCGACUGGAGAUUACUGCAAACUUCACAGAUGACUUCCAUAGUGUAUGCGGAGUAAUCUGUGCUCAUUUCACGUAGUUACUUUUUGGACAACAUCCUCAGUUCUAGCGAACAAGGUGGGCGGAGUCGGUCACAAUUCAAGAAAGAGAUCAUCGGCCUUAUGUGUUCCAAGUUCACGAAAAAUCACGAGGUGCAAAUUGGAAUUACAUAUGAUUCAUUGUCCUCUUUCUUUACCAACGUUGUUCCAACUGAGAGUGCAAACUGUAGUUGCAACUUGUUAUCCAAGUUUCAUUGUGUUCGUUGGAUGAUUUAUCUGGAGCAUACUGCUCACAUAUAGUA